GAGGCAUCGGCGCCAUGGGAGUUCAGGUGAAGCAGGUGAAGGAUAAGACGGUGAAGACGUUCAAGACGCAGCCUGUGAGGCUGUACGUCAAGGGCGCUGUCCUGGGAUACCGCAGGGGGCUCCGCAACCAGUACGAGCACACCUCGCUCAUCAAGAUCGAGGGAGUCAGGGAUAAGGACGCAACUGAGUUUUACCUUGGCAAGCGCGUCGUCUACAUCUACAAGGGCCAGAAGGAGAUCAGGGGAACCAAGUUCCGCACUAUCUGGGGAAGAAUUACCCGUGCACAUGGCAGCAACGGAACCGUCCGCGCGAAAUUCCAGCGAAACUUGCCGCCCAAGGCUCUUGGCGGAAGCGUUCGCGUCAUGCUCUACCCCUCUAGGAUAUAAGGACGUCUGAUCUCACUGUCACAACUCUCAAGUAAAGUUUAGACGCACACGCU